AUGAAAGUUAGACACAACUUCGAUCAGUGCUGUGAGGAUCCACUGGCAUUGGAGGAAAGAGAUGAAAUCCAGCGACAAAAGGCACAACGGUACGGUUCCGUCUUUGUCGGUUUGAUGAUCCUUGAAAGGUGGUUGGAACUGGGGGAUCGCCCUGAUCAGGAAGUUCUGGCGCCCAUGUUCACCGUCUUUGGUCAGGAUUGUCUGAGGGAGAAACUAAGGCAACUCUGCGAGAAUCCCGUGGACGACCUCAAUGGAAUCAAAAGUUUGGUCCAUUUUACUCGUCGCCUCUUGUGGGAGUCAGCCGUGGAUCCAAGUUCGGACGAUCACUUGAUUGUAGGACGUUCCAAGAUUCCUCGGGCCCAGCAAGGCCUGUUUGCUGCGCGGCAUCUCCCCGCGAAUCGCAUCAUUUGCUACUACAGUGGAGACAUUCACAGUACACAGUCGUCACAAUCCAAAUCUAUGCUCUCGGAUGCCUCCUACUUGUUGCGAAUAGGCACUGUUUCACGCCAACCCUGGUGGUAUAAUGUUCUCGGCGGCAAUGACAACAGCGUGGAUUCCCAGGAUUCUCGGGCUAUAGCAGCUUUGUGCUCGAGAGACAAGUGGGAUGAAAUUGUGGGCGAGGCAACUGCAACACCCGAGUUGUAUGUCGACCCCACCAACCCAACGAUCAAAGCACGGUAUAUCAAUGAUUGUUUAAAGGAUGAUUUCUAUAAUGUGACAUUUGUCCUGGAGCCGAACAACGAGCGGGCUGCCGUGGUGACACUGAGAGACAUUCAAGCUGGGGAAGAGCUCUACGUGUCCUAUGGACGCGCUUACUGGGACUCCAUGGAGGCUACCACUGGCAUGGUCCCGCAAAGACUCGGAGCAUCGUCCAAUGACAAUAAUACGCAACAAACCAGUCCAUCAAUCGAAGAAUGA